UCGCGACAGGGAGCGCGAGCUGCAGUGGUCGGCCCGCAGGAUGGGCACGUCGCUGCUGCUGCAGCUGUCGGCGCACGAGCGGGAGCUGGACCUGGUGUGCCUCGACCACAGCUACGCCAAGCCCUGGAGCGCGCACCCCGACGCCAGCGCCGCCCGGCCCGCCCGGCUCCUCUUCCUCACCCCGCGGAGGCACCUCGGCAGCGCCCCGGAGGCCGAUGUCCCCAUUGACGUGGAGACGGUGACGCCGACGCCGAUGCCGCUGUACGACAACCAGAAGGCUCGGAGCGUGAUGAACGAGUGCGAGCGGCACGUCAUGUUCGCCCGCACCGACGCCGACGCGCCCCCGCCGCCCGAUGACUGGGAGGAGCACGUCAACAGGACGGGCUGGACCAUGGCCCAGAACAAACUGUUCAACAAGAUCCACAAAGCGCUGCAGUCGGACAGGCUGGCCCGCCUGGCCAACGAGGGGGCCUGCAACGAGCCUGUGCUGAGGAGGAUUGCUGUGGAUAAAUGUGCCCGCAGGGUGCGCCAGGCCCUGGCCAGCGUCAACUGGGACACCAAACUCAUCCAGUGGCUCCACACCACGCUGGUGGAGACCCUGAGCCUGCCCGUGCUGGCUGCGUACCUGGAUGCCCUGCAGACCCUGAAGGGAAAGAUCCCUGCGCUGAUUGACAGGAUGCUGCUCUCCUCCACGGCCAAGACGGGAGCAGCGGGGGCUGAGGCGCUGUCCCUGCUGCUCAAGAGGCCCUGGGACCCAGCAGUGGGUGUCCUGUCCCAUAAUAAACCAAGCAAACUGCCCGGGUCCCCCCUGAUCCUCAUCGCGUCCUCCGGCCCCGCCAACUCCCUGUUCCCCACGUCCCGACGGCACCGCUUCUGGCAGUCCCAGCUCUCCUGCCUGGGAAAGGUGAUCCCCAUUGCCACGUCCCUGCUGAACAAUGGCAGCGGGGUGGGGGUGCUGCAGUGCCUGGAGCACAUGAUCGGCGCUGUCAGGGGCAAGGUGGCCGAGAUCCACAACCACUUCUCUCACAAGCAGAUCAUCCUGAUCGGGUGGAACACGGGUGCCUUGGUGGCCUGCCACGUGUCUGUGAUGGAAUAUGUCACUGCUGUCGUGUGCCUUGGCUUCCCCCUGCUCACUGUGGACGGCCCCAGAGGGGAUGUGGAUGAUCCCCUCCUGGAGAUGAAGACCCCGGUGCUCUUCGUCAUCGGGCAGAACUCCCUGCAGUGCAACGUGGAGGCCAUGGAGGAUUUCCGGGAGAAGAUCCGGGCGGACAACAGCUUGGUGGUGGUGGGAGGAGCAGAUGACAACCUCAGGAUAAGCAAAGCCAAAAAGAAGGCAGAAGGCCUGACCCAGAGCAUGGUGGACAGGUGCAUCCAGGAUGAGAUUGCAGACUUCCUGACGGGGGUGCUGACGCGGGCCGAGAGCCACUCGGGCUCCGAGCCCCGCGACCUGGAUGCCGAGAGGAAGAAGAAGCCCCGUGAGUGCAGCAGGAGGGACCUGUCCUUCGAGCUGCCCGAGAGGAGCAGCAGACCUGCCUCCCCUGCAGCCAAAGUGCCAGCCUCACCCUCAGGCUCCGAGGACCUGUCCAGCGUGUCCAGCAGCCCCACGUCCAGCCCCAAGACCAAGGUGGCCGCGCUGGCGCUGCCUAAGCCUGGCCAGGUGGGCCCCACGCAGCUGCAGAGGAGGCCGGUGCCGAGGCCCGACACCGUCCUGAGCCACAAGCAGGCACAAGCUCAGUUUGCUGCUUUUCUGAAACAAAACAUGCUGGUGAGGAAAGCUCUUCCUCCUGGCACCUCCUCAUGUCUCUUUGUGUCAGCGGCCCCCGAGCACUCGGAGGGGGCUGGCAGAGAUGAUGUGAGAGUGCAGCUGAAGAGGCGGCAGAGCCCCAGCCCGAGCCCUCCGUGCACCAAAACCUCCAAACGAGCCAAAAUCAAGGUGACCAUUGUGUCCCACGGCGAUGCCACGGGCACCGGAGCAGCCCUGAGCACCCAGGCUGAAAUUGUCUCCGGGAAGCCGCUGCCCCUGGGCCAGGCCGUGCCCAGCACCAAGGAGCUCUCGGGGCUGCUCUCCACCCCCAAGCUGAGCUCAAGCGCCGAGGCCUCGCUGAGCCCGGCCCAGCCGGGCAUCCCCAGCAGCAGCGGCAGCCCCGGCUCCGCCCCCAGCGCCUUCCACGCCCUGCAGGGCCGGCUGGUGGCCGGCAGCAGCCACGGCCUGCCCGCCCAGGGCCCUGCCCUGCCAGGAGCAGCCUCUGCCAGCAGCCUGCUCCAGGGGCUGAGCUUCAGCCUGCAGGACAUGGGCACCAAGGCCUCCAGCCUGGCCCCCAGCGCGGCCGCCGCCGGCUCCCCUGUGCAGGGCUCAGCGCUGAAGGCCCCAGGUGCCCUGCAGAGCCUGGCUGCCCUCAGCACCGACACCGCGGGCCCUGUGGUUCGCACCAUCCCCGUGGCCGCCUCGCUGGCCCUGGGCGCCUCUGCCGGCGGCAAACCCACGGCCAUCCAGCAGCUGCUGAGCAAUGGGGGCCUGGCCAAGCUGGCCAGCAGCCUGCCAGGGCUGGCCCACAUCUCCAACCAGGCUGCAGGCCUCAAGGCCCCGGCCACCAUCACGGUGACGCUGCGGGGACAGCCCGGCCGCGUGGGCACCCUGAGCCAGGCAGGGCUGGGCACAGCUCAGCCCCAGCUGGAGGAGCAGCCCCAGGGCCCUCAGUGAGCGCCCCGGAGCCCCUGUGCUGUGGGAGGCCAGGCUGGCAGCGCUGCCCGGGUGUGGUGGCAGUGCUGAGGCUGCCCUGUGCCAGCCUGGGCACCCCACGGUGGCACCUGG